AAAGCUGUUCAAAUUGACGUCAAGGACAACCGAAAUUCACAGUCACGGGCACAAAUUUGACCUCGGAGCGGAGCCAUAUAUAAAGAGAUUGUUAUCUAUCCACCCUUAUACACAAGAUCUUUUCUAGUUUUCCAAAUUGUAACCAUAAAAUUUCAGAAUGAAGUGCUGUUUAAAGCUUGUUGUCGGGAUUUUUGCUCUAUUUGUUGUCAUAGGUGUGGCAAAAUGUGCAGAUCCGGAACCCGAACCGGAACCAAAUCCCGAGCCCGAGCCGGAACCGGAACCGGAACCAAAUCCCGAACCUGAACCUGAACCCGAGCCGGAACCUGAACCAACCACUAAGCCAACCACUACAACGACAACUAUGAGACCAAUCCCAGGAUUUUCAACGGUUAGGCCACCAUCCUGGGCUGAUAAAUUCAACCCAAGUUGGCUCAUUGGGGGAUGAAGUUCACAUCUUAUUAUCGGAUACAGAAUUUUGUAUAAAUACGCAGAGAUGUGGGAUUCUGAUAUUGGGAUUCUAAUUUGUAACACAUAUGCACAUAAUUGGAAAAUCUGUAUUAGAGAGACCUGUGCUAGUAUACAAUACAAUUUCACUAAAAUAAAUCAAUUAACAAUUUACAGUUCCAGGAUAAAAUUUA